UUAACGAGAAUAAUCAAUAAGCUGGUAAAAUAAAUGAGUUAAUCGUGUAAUAUUUAGUGAAAAUUUUGGAGUUUGUUAAGAAAUGAAUACAAGGAAUUCAAAUAUUUUUUUGUAAAAGUGAAUAAAGAUACUUCCUGAAGAAAUGGUGUUUAUGUUGAUAAAAUAAUUAACUAGCACGUGGAGCAUUUCAUGUUCAAAUAAACAACAACAACAACAACAAAACAACAACAAAAGCAAGGAAUCAAAAUACCAAUGUCAAACACUCUAUUGUACAAGGUAUAUACAGUUCUUUGUUUUUGCACAUGCGCAAAGAGUGCAUGUACACCAGAGUCUGUGAAAGAUGACCUUGACCGAUGUUUAAGGUACAAUCGAAUGUUAUCGUACUACAUGUUCCCAAUUGUCAACGCUACCGACUACAGGAAUCUUUGUUUUAACACUACGUGCCUAACGUACUGUAUGGAACUUGUAGCGGAACCAUGUAUGUCACAUGAUCACACUAUUCACAUUGGUAACGGUGACGCACUGACGGCCGCGUAUCUAGGACUGUGUGACCAGAUCGAGUCUGAGGUCACGGACGCUUUAACUUGUGGUAGUACGGUUUCGGACCAGGACGUCUGGACCGCAAUAAGAACGUUCCAGACUUCACUUGAAAAUUCCUAUGCGACCAGCACUGAGAAUACAACAGUGAUCUGCUCGGAAUGGUUGACCCUUAAAGCGACAUUAGGCAGUUUAAUAACUGGUGUGUGUUCAGGGACGUCUCUCACACAUUGGCAAAACUUUUUAAACACUGUUUCUCAUAAGUGUGACAACAGUCAGCCGGGUACAUGGUACACAUCCUAUAGACAAACAACAAACGACAGAUGUUCUGGCAGUGGACGACUAUUUCCUAAUAUAUACUUUAUACUGUUGUAUCUGACAAUAAUUUUAUAUUCUGAAAUGUUCAUAAUGUAACAGUUAUUACAAAUAUAUAAAGAACGGACAUUGUGUUUUACAUUAACAACAAGCGUGGCGAAUGUACAAAUAUUUCAAAAUAUACUGUGAUUUUGUUUCUUGAAAUAUGCGCGUUUCUUUAAGCGAAUAAUUAAUUUUGCCCAUUACAAAGGUUUUAAUAUGUUGGAUAAGUCUGGCAUUUAAUGUAAUGUAAAAACAUCAUUUCCUACUAUCGUAUUUUUAGCUCUACUAUCUGAAAAAUAUGAAACACUUUUGUACUCACCCAGGCGCCACACUCUGUUUAAGUUUUUUGAAGUUGGUAUCUCCUAAACUAACAAAAGGGAAAACGGGUUCAAACUUCACUCACUUAUUUGAGAGCAUAAUAGAAGUUCACUGUCAAAGUCCCAUAACUUUAACGUAGAUUUUGACAAAAAUAUGCCCCAUUAUGCUCUUAGAAAAUUCUACAUUAUCCAGGCUCUUAUUUUACUAUCAAGCACUGAUAAAAGUCGAGCACACUGACUUGCUUACCUGAACAAUAAGCUCUUACAUAAAAUGACAUCAUAUAUGACAAUUUUGUUCAUAAUUUGUAAAACUAUUUUCUGCAUAUA